AUGGCUGCUUUGACACAAACGUAUCAGCAGCAGACUGGUACAGUGACAAUGCUUUCGGGUCGAACAACACCCUCAGGCGGCAUGAUGUCGACCGGUCAAUCGAAUGGACAUCAUCAAUACACGACUUCAGCACCCAGAGGAGGAGGCGGCUACCGGGGAAGCACUGUUCCUGUUCAAUCAUAUGCUUUUCAGCCUACGCCGAACCUGAACCAGAGCCUGGCGUGGCAGCAGUAUGGAGCUUAUCGGACGAGCUCAUCAUCCUCCGGCAUUCCAACGCAGACUUUCGAUCCCAGCCUGGUUCAACGUUCUCAUCGUCCCAACCCCUCAGUGACGAACAUGGCCUUAAUCCCUUCCUACAGCCCUGGUCACAGCAGCCAUGGUAGCAGCCAUAGCAGCGGCCACAGCAGCGGUCAUAGCAGUGGCCACAGUAGCAGCCAUGGCAGCAGCCACAGCAGCACACGAGACGACUCUGUGAAGUCGCAAUCCAAGAGUGCUGCUUCUGCUCAACGUCCACCGCUUGCUCAUAUUUCCUCCACUGGCUCACAGCCGGCUUUGUCACCCGGCGGAACGCCGAAGAACACUCCUGAUCGGUACCGGAGGCCAAGCAACUCGAACACUCAGCAUAGUCGAACCCAGAGCUCGAACCCUCCGCUUAGCCCUGGUAAGCCGAACAUGAUGUAUCAUGCACCCUCCGGUUCCAGAUCUGUUCCGAAUCUCGCGGCUUCGCCCACACUUGCUCCGGGCGCAUCGAUGGACGAUUCGCAACUGCACCGCAGACCAUCUCCGGAUGAGGCGAAGAAGAUGCGUCGCCGCAGCGUGCAUACGAUACAAUCCACUGAUUCCUUCCGACCUCUCUUGAAGCCCGAAAAUGCUCCUCGCCCCGAGCUAGCGGUCAUCACUAAGAACAGUGACAGGGGUGAAAAAUCCCCUCAAUCUGCCCCGAAGAAACCUGUGCAUGUCCGCAAGGGCAGUUCAGACAGUGCAUCGUCUAGUCGAAGUAGCCAUUCGCGAUCCGCAUCGUUUUCCAACCGUAAUGCGACUGUCCCCACUGGCAACCCCUCUUCACCGGGCUCUGACGAAACACAUGCCAGGAAUGAUCAGCUUAAAGUAGCCGUACCGCCAAGAGGUUCAUCUUCCGAUGGAACAAAGCGGACGAUUAGUCCCUCUCCAUUAUCUAAACCCGCUACGAUGGCAAAUGAGCAGACUGGAGAUGCUGUCGCAGCAGCUGCAGCGCCCUCGGGCAAGACUGUAGAAUCACCGGCGGUGAAGCAGCUCGCGACCAUCAAUGAGAAGGCUGUUAAAGGAAAGACCAAGACUUCUAGGCUUCGUCGAGCGUUUUCAUUUGGGAGCGCGGCUGAAUUCCGAAAGGCUGCUGGUGGUAUCGAUGGCGAAGGUACUGAUCAAAUGGAGGCAGCCAGGCUUCGUAAAGACCCGACAGCCGAAGAAGUCUAUGAUGCUGAGCAAGCACGGAUCGCUGAAGCACAAGAAGCUGCUGGUAUUGGCAAUAGCAUCUAUGGCGGCCGCUUCUUUGGCGGGUCGACGGAUAACCUCUCCAUCUCAUCAACUGCUUCAUCUGCUUCUAUUAUGAUCAGGAAGAUGGGCCGUGGUAUGAAGAAGAGCACCCGCUCGCUGGUUGGACUCUUCCGGCCAAAGUCAGUCGUAGGAGUGCCCGCGGCUGAUGCUCCUGUUACCGAGGGCCAGGCUUCCGUAUCCAUGAUUACCGUGGAAGCAGAGACUCGACGUGUCAACGUAAAUGCGGACCCCCAGGGUGGCAAGGGCGGUACUGGAUUCCCUCGCCUUGAGCGCAACUCUCUAGACGCUACGCAAAUCCCUGAAAUUGGAGCGGAGCGACUAGGCAGUGCAGGAACAGAUAACUCCGCACGAAAGAGCAUUGUGGGUGGUGAUAAAGAACGUGCAGAGGUGCUAGCGGCGGUUCGCAAGGGCAUUCUAAAGCGUACUCCGUCAAUCCGUCCGUCGGAUUCGCCUGAUCUUGUCCUGCCAAACAUCCCGGCUGUCACGGACUCACCCAACUCAAGCGCACCGAGCACGCCAAAUGAUGAUCACAAGAGAACGGGUUCUAUCGCUAUCGGUGGCGAGGACUACUUCAUGGGCGCUCUUCGCCUUGGAAAGAGUCGGCCCGGAACACCCCAAGCUGGCCCAAAGAGGAAUGCCACAUUUUCACCGCGAAUUAUUUUCCACGACACUUGGCCUAGCCAAGAGUAUGACCGCCGCGGCGAGAUUGCCACGUGCAACCGGCUCACGCCAAUGCUAGCUCAGCAAAUCAAAGAAGAGCUAAACAGCUUCAAAAUGGAAAUGGAAGUCCAUGAGAACUCCAAGAUUUAUACGCAUUUCUUCUGA